AUGUCCAUCCCAACGAUUGACUUCCACAAGGCCGACGACGCGACAACGCGGCCACAACUCCUGCAAGACCUCCGCCACGCCCUAUCCGAGGUGGGAUUCCUGUACCUCUCCAACCACGGCAUUGGCGAGUCGAUCGUCCAGGACCUCGUGGAUGCCCUUCCCCGUCUCUUCGCGCUCCCGGACCCGGUCAAGGAGUCCGUCGCCCUCGUCAACUCACCCCACUUUUUGGGGUACAGCAAAUUCGGGUCUGAGAUCACGGCGCGCGUCAGGGAUCAGAGAGAGCAGUUCGAGUUCGCCAACGAGUUGCCGGACAGGUACGGCUUCGUCGUCUCGGCGGGGACGGAUUCGCCAUCGCCGCCGCUGUACACUCGGCUGCAGGGCCCGAACCAGUGGCCCAACUUCUCGGAGGUGCCCAGGUUCCGCGAGAUCGUCGAGUCGUACGUCGCGGCGAUGCAGGAUCUCGCAAUGAGGUUCCUCGAGCUGGUCACCGAGGCACUGGACUUGCCACCGCACAGUCUGGAGCGGUUCACGGGCCCGCAAGACCGGAUCAAGCUCGUGCACUACCGGCCCUCAUCGCCGUCCUCAUCCGCGGACGCCACGGCUCAGCCUUCUUCUCCUUCUUCUUCUUCUUCUCAGGGCGUCGGCCCGCACAAGGACAGUUCAGGCUGGAUGACGUUCCUGCUACAAGCGUCGGACCCGUCGAUCCGGGGCCUGCAGGUCCUGUCCAAGGACGGGGAGUGGCUGGACGCGCCGCCCGUGCCGGGAACCCUCGUCAUCAACAUGGGCCAGGCCUUCGAGGUCGUGACCAACGGCGUCUGCAAGGCGACCACGCACCGCGUCCUCCUCCCGCCCGGCGAGUACGACCGCUACAGCGUGCCCUUCUUCCAGGGCGUGCGCCCAGACCUGACUAAAUCGGACCUCAAGGCUCUGUGGGACCGGCAUUUCGACACUUCUGCAAAAGGGUGGAAGAUGGUGGGCAGAGAGUCCGACGAGGGCCGAAACAUCGACGGCCCCUUUCUCAGAGGUAGAUACGACACCUGGGGAGAGGCGCAGCUGAGGACGAAGAUAAGGAGCCAUCGUGAUGUCGGCUUGAGGUGGUACAAGGAUGUGUUCGACAAAUACAUCAGUGAUGAUUGA